AUGGCGCCCGGGCUGCGGGCGCUCGUCCUCCUGCAGCUCGCCGUCGCGUUGCUCGCCGUGCUUCCUCCCCGCGCGACCUCGGACCUAGCCGGCGACCGCGCCGCUCUCCUCGCCCUGCGCAGCGCGGUGGGGAACCACCUCAAGUGGGACCAGACGGUGUCCCCCUGCCAGGGCUGGCUCGGCGUCAACUGCUCCGGCCCCGUCGGCAACGAGCGCGUCGUCGAGCUGCGGCUGGUGGGCAAGAGCCUGAGCGGGCAGAUCCCGGUGGGCACGGUGGGCAACCUCACCGCCCUGCAGACGCUCUCGCUCCGGUUCAACGCCAUCUCCGGCGCCAUCCCCGCGGACAUCGGCGGCUGCGCGCAGCUCCGCUGGCUCUACCUCGUGGGGAACCGCUUCGACGGGGGCAUACCGGAGAGCUUCUUCUCGCUGGCAUUGCUCAAGAAGGCCGACCUCUCCGGCAACCGCCUCACGGGCGGCGUGUCACCGGACUUCAACAAGCUCACCAACCUCGCCACGCUCAACCUCGAGGGCAAUGACUUCACGGGCGAGCUCCCAAGUGGCCUUAACCUCCCGAAGCUCACGCAGUUCAACGUGUCUUACAACGGCAAGCUCGACGGCCCCGUGCCCGCGUCACUCGCCGGGGUGCCCGCGACCGCCUUCCUCGGAACGGCGCUCUGCGACGGCCCUCUCGUCGCGUGCGCCAACCCGUCUGGGGACGACAAGAGGGACGGGCUGUCCACCGGCGCGAUCAUCGGCAUCAUCAUCGCCGCGGUUGUCCUACUCCUGAUCCUACUGUCAGUGUGGUUUCUCAUCUGCUUCCGACGGAGGCGCCGGGAAGCGGCCGGGGGAGCCACGGAGGCUGCAGCCAACGUGCACGAGGGCACGGAGCCUAUAACGGUGACCGUGGCGAUGACGAACACGGACGCGGUGAAGCGUUCGCACUCCCCGACGCCGACGCCGACGCCGACGGCGGCGGCGCUGACCGGCGAGGGCAAGAAGCUGGUGUUCCUGGGCAGCGCGCCAGAGAGGCCCUACGACCUGGAGACGAUGCUGCGGGCGUCCGCCGAGGUGCUCGGCAAGGGCGUCCACGGGACCACGUACCGCGCCACGCUCGACGGCGGCGACCCCGUCCUCGCCAUCAAACGCCUCCGCGACGUGCACCUCCCCGAGCGCGAGUUCCGGGACAGGGUCGUCGCCCUCAGCGCUCUCCGCCACGAAAACCUCCCGAGCCUCCGCGCCUACUUCUACAGCAAGGAGGAGAAGCUCCUCGUCUACGACUUCGUCGGCGCCGGCAGCCUCUCCUCCCUCCUCCACGGCAACGGUGCGGAGGGCCGUGCGCGUCUCGAUUUCACGGCGCGCGCGCGCAUCGCGCUGGCGGCGGCGCGCGGCGUGGCGUUCAUCCACGGCGGCGGGGCCAAGUCGUCACACGGCAGCAUCAAGUCGUCCAACGUGGUGGUUAACGGGACGCGGGACAGCGCCUACGUGGCCGACUACGGCCUGGCGCAGCUCGUGGGCGCGGCGGCGCUGCCGAGGCGGGGCACGGGGUACCGCGCCCCGGAGGUGACCGACGCGCGCGCCGUGUCGCAGAAGGCCGACGUCUACAGCUUCGGCGUGGUGGUGCUGGAGCUUCUCACCGGGCGAGCGCCGACGUACGCGCUCCCGGACGACGGCGGCGCCGGCGGCGUGGACCUGGCGCGAUGGGUGCGGUCGGUGGUGCAGGAGGAGUGGACGUCGGAGGUGUUCGACUCCGUGAUCGGCAACGAGCCGCGGGUGGAGGAGGAGAUGAUGCGGCUGCUGCAGCUGGGCAUGGAGUGCACGGAGCAGCACCCCGACCGGCGCCCGAGCAUGGCCGGCGUGGAGGCGAGGAUCGAGCGCAUCGUCGAGGACGCGUGCCGGAGGGCCGACUUCAGCAGCACGGACGGAAGCCGGAGCGUGUCGGCCUGA